AUGUCGUAUCGACGAUCUGGCACGUCGAGGCGUCAGCAGUCUGUCGACUUUCCUCGCUAUCCGCCAAUGUCUCAGGCGCAAGUUCAACAGCCUCCUGCUCCUACAUCUACUCCUCUUCCUGCGCCCUUACCCGUACCACCCUCACAACCCGCCAUACUCGCCUCCGACUACGAGUCGGACAACCCGGGCUAUCAAUCAGACUAUCCUACAGGACCACCACCUCCCAACCGUACCAAUGAAGAAUUGAAUCUUUCUGUCCUCAAGCGCCAUAACCCCGAGAUAUCGUCCAUUUUAUCAAUCGCACCAUACGCAGUCGUGUACGAAUUCUCGCCUGUCCCACAGCCUGAAUGGACAAAAACGGGAGUAGAAGGGUCUUUGUUCAUCUGUGAACUUGUGUCUGGGAAGUAUGGAGAAGACAGAUAUUCAGCAAUCGUCCUCAACCGAAGAGGUCUGGACAAUUUUGAGGCGGAGCUGCGAGAAGGCGAAAACGCUGGUGUCGAGAUAACAGGCGAAUAUGUGAUUAUCAGUUUCAAGGAGGGCCACGAGCAGAAGAUCUACGGUGUCUACAUAUUCCACGAAGCCGGCUCGUCGACCGAAAAUGCGCAGCAACUAAACGGCGAACUGAUGAAGUCGCUCGCAGAUCAUGCUGGUCUCAGCAAACAAGCUGCUGAAGCCGCGGCAUCUUCUGCCAUUGCGCAGCAUACAGAGGGACAUAUACAGCAAGCAGAGGAUGCUUUGCAGAAUCAACAAGCCACGGCUACUUACCCAGGUCAACAAAUCAGUUUACAGCAGCUGUUUGGCCAACAUCGAGCGUCUGAUGCUGCUUGGAGUGUAAGAGCCCACAAUAUGGACAGUAAUCAGCAAGAAGCCUCACAACCACCUGUCGAUGUCAAUGGCCACCAGAACUUCAACUACCAACACCCACAACCUGUAGCUCAGAAUCCUGAUGUGCUUGGAGACCUCUUUAGAAGAGCAGGUCUUGCAGCGAAAUAA